UCGGGAUUCGUUUCCCCCCCCCCCUACACACCCCUUAUCUUUAAAGAGGGGGGGGAAGUGGGGCUCUCUUCUCUUCCUCCUUGUUCCUCGCCCCCCCUCCUCCCCGAAAACAAGAUUCGUGCUUCUCGAUCCCCGCCGGCUUUACUCAGGAACGUCCUUGAUCGCCAAGAUGGAUCAAGCACCAGAGCCCGACCUGAGCCCAUUGUUCAGCGAAGAAUCCUUCCCUGCUCUGUGGAGCACUGUUGACGAGGACAACUUGCAGGCCGUGUUCCAGAUGGAGGAUGUGAACUCAGGUCUGCUGGACCCGGCUGACCUUCCUGCCCUGUCCUUCGCGGUGCAGGGCGAGACCCCCAGGCCAGGAGAAGAUCAGAAUCAUUUCCAUCUGAGGGAUCCCGCAGCCCCCAUCCCUGCGUCCGUCGUCCCUUCAACGGAAGACUACGACGGCGAACUUGGCUUUGAGCUGGGCUUUGAGCAGUCGGGGACUGCCAAAUCUGUGACCUGCACGUAUUCAGAGUCUCUGAAUAAGCUCUUCUGCCAGCUUGCAAAGACGUGCAAAGUCCUGAUCAAGGUGGUCCACGCUCCGCCACCGAACGCCUUCAUCCGCGCCACGGCCAUCUACAAGAAGUCGGAGCACGUGGCGGACGUGGUCAAGCGCUGCCCCCACCACGAGCGCUCCCCGGAACACAAAGAUGGUGUGGCGCCCGCUGAGCACCUGAUCCGGGUAGAAGGAAACAAACUGGCCCAGUAUUUCACUGACGAGGACACCAGCCGUCACAGUGUUAUCGUCCCAUACGAAACACCCCAGGUGGGGUCGGCCUGUAGCAGCGUGCUGUACAACUUUAUGUGCAACAGUUCCUGCAUGGGGGGCAUGAACCGGCGCGCCAUCCUUGCAAUCAUCACCUUGGAGAUCCCUGGUCAGAUCCUCGGCCGCCGCUGCUUUGAAGUCCGGGUUUGCGCCUGCCCUGGCCGGGAUCGCCGAACCGAGGAAGACAACGCCCAUAAAACUGCUGGCCGUGGUGAAAAAUCCAAAAAGGUUCUUCCGCAAGGCAGCCGUUCCGAAAAGCUGAAGAAGAAGGUUGCUGAACCAGUCAACGCCGCUGCUGAGGACGCCCCUGAGAACGGAGUUUACACGCUUCAGAUCCGUAAUCGCAAGACCUACCAAAUGUUAAAGAAAAUCCGGGACGCCUUUGAAUAUCAAGAAGCGAUGCAGCCAGGGGGAACGGAGCUGCCAGCUGAAGCGGAGAUCCGUCACCCGCCGAAAGGGCUUCCAAAAGCUCGAAAACGAGGAGCUGUCACCUUCUCAUGUAGUGUGAAGAAACCAAUGGUGAAGGAUGAGACACUGGAUUCUGACUAGCUCUAUCCCCGCGCGCUUUCCCUGGCCUGAUUUUGGCCUUUUCUAUAUGCACCCCCCCACACACACACCUACUUCCCCAACUUCUCUUUCUUAGAACAAGGGCUCCCCAGAGCCAUGGUUGAAAAGAAGACCCGGUUCUCCUGGAAUGAAGUGGGGGGAACCCAUUGAGAACCAUUCCCCGCAAACACAGCUCCCUCUCUGACCGGGAUUUGCACAAAACAGCACCGAAGUCUCUAAACCAGUCUUCCCCAGCCGUCCGCCGUUCAGAUGAGUUGGAGUGCAACUCCCAUCAUUCCCAGCCAUGAUGGGGGUUGCAACCCCCAUCUGGACGGCGGCCGGUUGGCUAAGACGUCUGUAGAUGGCUUGUUUCCUUUAUGGCUGCUGCUAGGGGGGGGGUCUCAUUUCUAAACCCCCUCCUCGCUAGAGAGCCAGCAUGGCCAAGACCCGGUGCUCUAAGCUAACAAUGCACUGCCACCGUGAUUAUGAAUUAUUACGGGUUCUGGGAGGGGUUGGCUCAGGGCUGGUUUCCUGCAGGUAGCCUGCCCCCCCCCAUUUUAUUAUAGAUUUUCCCUCUGCCCCAAUAUCCAACGCAUUACCCCAAUUUUAUAUUCAUUUUCCUCUAGGUUAGACACACACACACACACACCGUGCGCACACACGCCUUGUUCUGAGCAGUUUUAUAGGCUUGAUUUAUUUUCUGCUGCACCCCUUACCUUUUGUAAUACUUCAUAACCUUUUGUACGGAAUAAAAUGUCUUGGAACA